GCAGGGCUGGACAUAGAUGGGGUCUGUUGUCCCCGAAUGAUGGAGGUUUUAACCGGGGAUCAUCAUGGCUGCUGUGACGGAGUGGCGCUUCAUCAGCGGACGCCGUGUCCUCGGAGGAUGGGGCCCGCUGCUGUGCGUAGCUCUCGGCUCUCUGGUGGCCCUGCUGCUGCCCCUUAUCGGGGUGGAGAACCGGUGCUGUGCCUCCCUGAAGGGCAUCUCUCAGCUCAGCUGCCAGCUGUGGGGGAACUCCCAGCCGCCUCCAGCUGUGCAGUCCACCAGCCUCACGGUCCCCUUCACUGCCCUGGAUGUGCUGCCCCAGAAGUCCAAACCCACCCAAGAGAUGGAGCUGGAGGCCAAAGCCGCCCUGCAGCAGGCUCUGGAGAUGAAAAAACUUGGGAAGAGGGAGAAAGCUCACAAGCUGUUGGUUCAUGCUCUUAGUAUGAACCCAGACUUUGUGGAUGCUCUGACGGAGCUGGGGACCAUUCUGGAGGAGGAGAAGGAUGUAGUUCAGGCAGACCACCUCUACACAAAAGCCUUGACCAUCUCGCCAUGCAACGAGCGAGCUCUGAUCAGUCGGGACCGAACUCUGCCCCUGGUGGAGGAGAUUGACCAGCGCUACUUCAGCUUGAUUGACAGUAAAGUGCGCAGAUUAAUGUCUAUCCCUAAAGGGAACUCGGCUCUCCGUCGGGUGAUGGAGGAGACGUACUACCACCACAUUUACCACACAGUAGCCAUUGAGGGCAGUACGCUCACGCUGUCAGAGAUCCGUCACAUCAUUGAAACACGUUACGCCGUCCCUGGAAAGAGCCUCCAGGAGCAGAACGAGGCCAUCGGUGUGGAUGCAGCCAUGAAGUACAUCAACACCACUCUGCUGUCCAGAUCAGGAGACAUCACCGUCAACGACAUCCUGGAGAUUCACAGACGGGUGCUCGGCUACGUGGACCCUGUAGAGGGAGGAAGACUACGCACCAGCCAGGUGUUUGUGGGCCACCACAUCCCACCUCACCCAAAGGACCUGCAGCGGCACAUGCAGGAGCUCGUUCAGUGGCUCAAUUCUGAGGAAGCCCUGCAGCUGCACCCUGUGGAGUACGCAGCUCUCGCCCACUACAAACUGGUGUACGUGCACCCGUUUGUCGAUGGCAACGGACGGACAUCACGGCUGCUCAUGAACCUGGUGCUCAUGCAGGCAAGCUACCCGCCGAUUACCAUUCGCAAAGAGCAACGGGCUGAAUAUUACACCGCUCUGGACACGGCCAACGAGGGGGACGUUCGACCCUUCAUCCGCUUCAUAGCCAAAUGUACAGAAAUAACUUUGGACACUUUAUUGAUUUCUACCACAGAGCAUGCUGUGGGACUGCCAGGAGCUGACCAGGACCAGGCCUGUCCCAGCUGCAGACAGACCAUCCCAGUCCACAAGUAAACUGUGGUUAGGACUGGAACAUGAGGCAUGCAGUGUUCCAUCUUAUUAUAUUUCAUAUAUUUUUAAUGGCAAAUCCCCAAAAAGUGUAGAAGCACCUUGUGUGGUCAGAU